UAAAAGCGUAUCCCAAGCAAUAACUUUGAAACAAAAUGAUAGCAGUGAUUCAGCAGCAAACCAAUUUGGCGAAGCUUCUUCAAUACUUGGUUCUAACAUAUAUCUCCAGCAACAGCUAUUGUACCAUCAUCUAUCACGAUUCGAUUAUCACCAGUGGACAGCAAGAAUGCAACCAGUAUUGUGAUUUUUUCGCAGCCGUCAUUGCAGCACUUGAAGGAUAUCCUGUUAUGUGGAUUAGAACGGAGAAUGAUAAAAAUUAUUUACGCUUCAAUGAUGCAAUCGAACAUGGAUGUCAGUCAUACAUUACCGUAACCCACGAUUUGAUGGACUUUAUUAGACUUAAGCUGAAGGAAACCACCAUGCAACGAAUCCGUGACAAAAAUAUUUUGAUGUACUACGAAAACAAUACACUUCUAGACAGCAGUUGGUUCACCAGGGAAGCCUUGAAAUGCAAGCCAGCUCCGGUGUCUUAG